AUGAUAAAUAUUAUAAUAUAUGAUUUCAGUAUUAAUUCUGUGAAAUUAUAUGAUGGACAUCUUAACGUAUGGAAGACUAUAAGUACUCCUGUUUUUGUUCAUCAUUAUUCAAGUAUCAUACAAUUUAAAGAUCGAGUAUAUGUAAUGUCUACCAGAGGUGUUGAGUAUUAUGAUAUUCUAAGUGAAACAUGGCAAGAAGUUAAGUUUAAAAUAAAAGAAGCUGAAAGUCUAAAACUUGCAGUAGUUUCAGAUUUAAUUUAUGGUGUUUGCAUUACGAAAGCUUUUUAUUAUAAUCCAAAAACCGACUUUGGUCAAUUAAUAUGUCCUUUCACCACUGAUAUUGAUAUACAUCAAGUGUAUUCAAUUUUUUCAUUUAUUAACCAAUUGUAUAUUAUUGGUGGCAAUAAUUCAAAUAAUAAUAAUUAUAUUAUUUUUGAAAAGUACGUUCCAAAAACUAAUACAUUUGUUAGAAUUAGUCGCAUACCAAACAAAUCAAAAAUACCAGGUGUUAUUGAACUGAACAGAAAACUAUACCUGAUGGGUGGUGAUGAUUGUAAUUCUAUUCAACUCUACAAACCUAAUUUUAACUAUUUUGAAGCUGUGGAAGGAUUAUACCUCAAAUCUUCAAUACAUUCUAACACACAAGCAUUUGUAAUUGAUACAAAAAGUAUAAACCUAAAGAACAUUUUGAAAUAUUGUUCCAAUAAUGAAAUUUAA